UUUGUGUGUUAGUUCUUCUCAGUAGGGUUGCAGUAGAUAAUCGCCACGCACGCCACCGCCACCGCCACCGCCACCGCCACCGCCACCGCCACUGUUCUAAUCUCUCUCUCUCAGCGCAGCCCUUGAAUAGACUCUCCCCAUACCUUAAUCUCGAUUUCCCAACUUCUUCACGUCUCUCUCUCUCUCUCUGAAACAAUGGGCGCUUCUCUUCCUCCCAAAGAGGCCAACCUCUUCAAACUCAUCGUCAAAUCAUAUGAAACCAAACAGUAUAAGAAGGGCUUGAAAGCGGCAGAUGCUAUACUGAAGAAGUUUCCAGAUCAUGGAGAAACUUUGUCAAUGAAGGGGUUGACAUUAAAUUGCAUGGACCGCAAGGGAGAAGCAUAUGAACUUGUCCGGCUUGGACUAAAGAAUGACCUCAAAAGUCAUGUGUGCUGGCAUGUUUAUGGUCUCCUGUACCGGUCAGAUCGAGAGUACAGGGAGGCAAUUAAAUGUUAUCGAAAUGCUCUAAAGAUUGAUCCGGACAACAUUGAAAUAUUGAGAGACUUGUCACUCUUACAGGCACAAAUGCGUGACUUGGCAGGUUUUGUUGAAACAAGGCAACAAUUGCUGACUCUAAAACCAAAUCAUCGCAUGAAUUGGAUUGGAUUUGCUGUUUCCCACCAUUUAAAUUCAAAUGCUUCAAAAUCAAUUGAUAUCCUUGAAGCAUAUGAGGGGACACUUGAGGACGAUUACCCACCAGAUAAUGAACGUUGUGAACAUGGGGAAAUGUUGUUAUACAAGAUUUCAUUGAUGGAAGAAUGCGGAUUUCUUGAGAGAGCUCUUGCGGAGAUGCACAGAAAAGAGUAUAAAAUUGUUGAUAAACUAUCUUUAAAGGAACAAGAAGUUUCGCUUCUUGUGAAGCUUGGUCGCCUAGAAGAUGGUGAAAAAUUGUAUAGAGUGCUGCUUUCCAUGAACCCUGACAAUUACAGAUAUUAUGAAGGGCUACACAAGUGUGUGGGUUUACUAUCAGAAGGUCACCACUAUUCGUCUGAUGAGAUUGGUAGGUUGGAGGCCUUGUACAAAUCACUGGGGCAGCAAUACAGUCGUUCAUCUGCUGUUAAGAGAAUACCACUUGAUUUUCUAAAUGGUAAAAAGUUCCUUGAGGCAGCCGAUAAUUAUAUUAAGCCUCUCCUGACGAAGGGAGUUCCUUCACUAUUCUCCGAUCUUUCUCCUUUGUAUGAUCACCCUGGCAAGGCAGACAUGCUAGAGCAACUGAUUCUUGAAUUGGAGCAUUCAGUUAGGACUACUGGUGGAUACCCUGGGAGGACGGAGAAGGAGCCCCCUUCAACAAUGCUGUGGACUUUUUUCUAUUUGGCUCAGCACUAUGACAGACGGGGCCAAUAUGAUAUUGCCCUUGCUAAAAUUGAUGAAGCUAUUGAACAUACUCCAACUGUGAUUGAUUUAUACUCCGUCAAGGGCCGGAUAUUAAAGCAUGCUGGUGACUUGGUAGCGGCUGCUGCUCUGGCAGAUGAAGCUAGGUGUAUGGAUCUUGCAGAUCGCUAUGUAAAUAGUGAAUGUGUUAAACGAAUGCUGGAAGCUGAUCAGGUGUCGCUGGCAGAGAAGACAGCUGUGUUGUUCACAAAAGAUGGAGAUCAGCACAAUAACCUUCAUGACAUGCAGUGCAUGUGGUAUGAACUCGCUUCUGGAGAAAGUUACUUCCGUCAAGGUGACCUUGGACGAGCUUUGAAAAAAUUCUUAUCUGUGGAGAAGCAUUAUGCAGAUAUCACUGAAGACCAAUUUGAUUUCCACUCUUACUGCUUAAGAAAGAUGACUUUGCGAACCUAUGUAGAAAUGCUGAAAUUUCAAGAUCGACUACAUUCACAUGAUUAUUUUCGCAAAGCUGCAGCUGGAGCUAUCAGGUGCUACAUAAAACUGUAUGAUUCACCGUCAAAGUCAGCGGCUGAAGAAGAUGAUGAAAUGUCAAAGUUACCUCCUUCUCAGAAGAAGAAAAUGAGGCAAAAGCAGAGGAAGGCAGAAGCUCGAGCUAAGAAAGAGGCAGAAGUAAAAAAUGAAGAAACAAAUGUUAGUGGUGUCUCUAAGUCUGGAAAACGACAUGUUAAACCAGUAGAUCCUGAUCCAAAUGGGGAGAAGUUGAUGCAGGUUGAAGAUCCGCUGCUGGAAGCUACAAAGUACUUGAAGCUGCUUCAGAAGCACUCUCCUGACUCCUUGGAGACACACUUGCUUUCUUUUGAACUAAAUAUGAGAAAGCAAAAAAUUCUGCUCGCCUUGCAGGCUGUAAAGCAACUUCAACGGUUGGAUGCUGAAAACCCAGACUCACAUCGCUGUUUGAUAAGAUUCUUCCAUAAGGUGGGGGCUGUGCCUACUUUAGAGACUGAUGCUGAAAAACUUAUUUGGGCUGUCUUAGAAGCAGAGCGGCCUACUUUCAGUCUGUUGCACGAGAAAUCUCUUAUCGAGGCAAACACCCUUUUCCUUAAAACGCAUAAAGACCCCUUGAUGCAUAGAGCAGCAGUUGCAGAAAUUCUAUUUGUUUUGGAUCGUUGCAAGAAGGCCGAUGCCAUCAAAUUAAUAGAAGAUUCAUCCAACAACCCGGUGUCAACAAAUGGAGCACUUGGGCCAGUCGGGAAAUGGAAACUCGAAGAGUGCAUUGCAGUUCAUAAACUUCUUGGGACAGUUUUGGAUGACCCCAAUUCUGCAUCGAGAUGGAAAGUGCGAUGUGCUGAGUACUUCCCAUACUCCACAUACUUUGAAGGCAAACGCAGCUCUGCCAUCUCAAACUCAACUUAUAACCAGAUACGCAAGAACCCUGAAAAUGGUGGUGCAACCCAUCCGGAUGCAAGUCAUGGUGCGGAUUAUAUUUCUUCGAACGGAGAGCUGGACAAAAUCGAGGCAUUGAACGACCUUGUCAUCCAUUAAGGUAUCGUAAAUGGUUUACCUUUUUUGGUUGCUAAAGCUGUACAAAUCCAUUCCACAGCUUAUAAAAUAUACCCGGAUGAAAGGAGUGGAAGACAGCUAACCAUGGAAGGCCAUUUCGAGGUUGAGAUUGAGUUUUCUUUUCCCCAGAUCAACCUCCACCGGAUUCUGGAAAUGCAUAUUCCUUUGGCAAAAUGUGUAUAAUUUACAAACAAUUGUGUUUCUAAGUUGUAGAAUACUCUAUUUUGCUUGCUUUUUUUUGGUGAGAUCCUGGACAAGAAAGAGGUUCUUAGGGUUUUGCAGGACCGCAACGUUUGAGUUGAGGCUGAAGGGAGGAGAAGAGAAGUUUAUUUUGAUUACUGGUCCAAUACAGGGUCAGAGCAGAGACAAAUAGCACCCCAACAGAGUUGAUGAUCUCCAGAGCAUGUUGUACUUGGCCCAUUUCGUUGACCAUUAUUUAUGAGAUGUAUAAUUUGCUAAUAUUAUCUUACAAAAUUUUGGCAUGAAAUCAUACAAUAACCAGUUGAUAUUGCAGCAAUGAUCAGGUUCUCUC